AAAUCUUAUUAUUUUGUAUUGAUUAAAAGCCAUCUUCAAACAACUCUUCACUGAAAUCUUAUAUCCAUCUCUUAAUAUGUGUUAAAUACACGAUUUUCCUUCCCAUUUUAUACACAUAGUUUCUCUAAGUGUUCUUGCUUUAAGUGCUGCCUUUGGUUGUGAUUUGAUUAUGCAACUGCCUUUGGCGCAGUCACAUUCCCAGCUCUGUUUCGCUCAAAUCGCAGCAAUGAUGCCGAGUUGGUCGGUACGUUUGGGCCAUUUGAUUUUAGCCUUACUGUACAGUCUGACCAGAGUGUUUGGCCUGAUGGCCACCGGCCAGUCAAGUCCUCGGGGCAUUGAGAGAGUGAGAAGGAGUUUGUAUUGGCGCCUCCAUGGCUGGAUGAUGCUGAUCUUUGUGGGCGUCAUUUCGCCUUUCGCCUUCCUUUGCAUCUACCAUCGGAUGGCCUUCCUGCGUCAGAACAAAUUGCUGCUCCUGAUUGGCUUCAAUCGAUAUGUCCUGCUGCUGGCCUGUGCCUUCGUCGCCCAGUGGAUACACUGCUUCAAGCAGGAGAAGAUCAUUGGGUGUCUGAAUCGAUUGCUUCGAUGCCGCCGGCAGCUCCGGAGGCUAAUGCAUACGCAGGAGCUGAGGGAUUCACUGGACUGUCUGGCCACCAGGAGGCAUCUGAUGCAACUGGGUCUGCUGCUGUGCUCCUUCAUCUUCUCGACAAUUCAGCCCCUUCAGGUGCUUAAGGAUGAUCCGGAGGUGAGGCGUAAUCUGACCUACGCCUGCUGUUUGGUCUUCAUCCUCACCUGCCAGCUAACCCUGCAGCUCUCCCUGGGCAUGUACACGUUGUCCCUGCUCUUUUUGGGUCACCUGGUGAGGCAUUUGAAUCUGCUGCUGGAGAGGAUACUCACGGAUGUCGGGUGCAUACUGGAGGGCAGCACCUCACAGGCUGGAUAUGGUGCAAAUCGCCAGCAGUUGUAUAGGAAACAGCAGCAGUGGCUUGCCCUGGAGCUGUGGCAACUGCUCCGAGUGCACCAGGAGCUCCUGAAGCUGCACAGAUCUAUAAGCUCUCUAUAUGGUGUCCAGGCGGUCUGCUUUGUGGCCUAUGUUCCCAUGGAAUGCAUGGUGCAUCUGUUCUUUACCUACUUUAUGAAGUACAGCAAGUUCAUUAUUCGCAAGUACGGUCAUGGAUUCCCGCUGAACUAUUAUGCCAUUGCUUUUAUGACGGGUCUUUUCACCAAUCUUCUGCUGGUAAUUCUGUCCACCUUCCACUCGGAAAGGAGAUUCAGUUGCUCCAGGGAGAAGCUACGAUGUGGAAGUCGAACUUUUCCAUCAGGAAUCAUAACCAGGGAACUCAGGAAUACACUUAACUACUACGGAUUGUAUCUGAAGAAUGUGGAGUAUAUAUUUACUGUCAACGCCUGUGGUCUGUUUAAACUGAACAAUAUCUUGCUAUUCUGCAUAGUACAAGCGAUGCUCAACUACCUGAUGAUACUGAUACAAUUUGAUAAGGUCUUAAACCAAUAGCUUUUAACCCAGACAAUGGCCAUAAA